AAAAAGGAAAACGUCACCAUGAGAUGAGGAGGAAGAGUGUAGCAGAGAACGUUGGUUUGCGUGAACAUAACCAUAUCCUAUCUGUUUCCUGUCCACGUCGGGCAGUUAUUCGUUGUGUCCAUCUCAUCUCAUCUCUCAUGAUUUAUUGCUAUUUCUCACCGCCCACGCCCGCAUCGACUCGUCAGAAUUAACGUCAAUAGUCUCUCCGGAACUUUUACCGACGCCCGAUCGAGUUCCCGAUCUAUUCUGAUUUCUGAGUCACAUAACCAUGUCGAACGAGCUUAAAUCUGCGGCGCUUCUGGAGCAGAUGAAGCUUCAUCUCGCCACCGACGCCGGUAAGGAGCUCACCAAGAAGAUCGGCCUCGUCUAUCAGAUGAACAUAGCCCCCAAGAAAAUUGGAAUCGAUGAGGAGAUUUACGUCGUCGAUCUCAAGAAAGGAGAGGUUACUAAAGGUCCUUACGAAGGCAAGCCUGAUGCUACCUUUUCAUUCAAGGAUGAUGAUUUUGUCAAGGUUGCUACUGGGAAGAUGAAUCCUCAAAUGGCUUUCAUGAGGGGUGCCAUGAGGAUUAAGGGUAGCCUGAGCGCCGCUCAGAAGUUCACUCCUGACAUUUUCCCAAAGCCAUCCAAGCUGUGAGCCUAGUACCCAUCUGUUCUGCGAUCUAAUCUUCUUUUGGUUGGGUCCUUCAAAUAUUACUCAAGAGUAAAUUUUAUCGUUGUAUUCUGGAAUUGAAAUGGGCUAAAUUUAGUUUCACAAUUUCAUGAUCAAUGCCCCAUCUCUUUUACUACACGCAAUUUGGUUUAGUUGAAGAAAGAUGAAUCAAUAAAAAUAUAGGUGAUCCCCUUGAUUUAUGAUCACCUUUGACAA